UAACUUCACUACACGCGCAAUAUAGCAAACAAGUGUUUAUCAUACGCCAUACACCCUGAAACAAAUUACAAGAAGAUAAAACAUCAAUCGUAUCCGUUUUACCCGCGAAACUUCAUCUUCUUCAUUCUGAAUCAACAAUGUCAUCUUUCAACAACACCACCACACAGGUUUCUCUCUCUAGAAUCCUCUCUCUCCUCUCUCCAGUUUCCAGAACCACUCCAUCUUGUUCCGUGCUUAUUCCGGCUUCAUCUUCCAACCUAUCGCUAUAUCUAUCGGCGUUAUCUAUUCGAAAACGACAUCGUUUAACGGUUAUUCGACCGUGUAGUUCGUUCGAAGGAGAGUUUGAGUCAGUUGAAGAAGAAGAAGAAGAAGAGGAGUUAGGUGGAGUUGGUGAUGACGUGGAGGCUGAUUUUGAAGAUGUUGAUGAUGAGAAUCUGGAUGUGGAUGAGCUUGAAUUGGAGGCGGUUAAGGCCGUUCGUGAAUACUCGAUUUCGUUAUCACAGGAAUUGAAAAUCGAGGAGCCAGUUGGUGAAAAAGAAGCUCGUGGAAGAAAGAAGAAGCGCGAAAGUAUCAACGCCGUUAAUGUACCUGAUCAUCUUCUUCCAAAGGUUUCGAUUGUCGGAAGGCCAAAUGUUGGUAAAUCAGCAUUAUUUAAUCGUCUCGUUGGGGGAAACCGAGCAAUCGUAGUUGAUGAACCUGGAGUUACUAGAGAUCGUUUGUACGGUAGAGCCUUUUGGGGAGCUAUGGAAUUUAUGGUGAUUGACACAGGAGGCGUUAUCACAGUUUCGAAAUCACCGACAGAUGUUAUGGAACAACAAUUAUCUGUCUCGACAACCAUUGGCAUGGAAGGUAUUUCACUCGCUUCUAGAGAAGCAGCCGUCGCUAGAAUGCCAUCGAUGAUUGAAAAACAAGCUACUGUCGCAGUAGAAGAAUCAUCAGUCAUCAUAUUUGUAGUUGACGGACAGGCAGGCUUGAAUGCAGCUGAUGUGGAAAUAGGGGAUUGGCUUCGGAAGAAUUAUUCACAUAAAUCUAUCAUAUUAGCUGUUAAUAAAUGUGAGUCUCCACGUAAAGGGUUAAUGCAAGCAUCAGAAUUUUGGUCUGUUGGGUUUUCACCACUUCCCAUAUCUGCGGUUUCUGGAACGGGAACGGGAGAGCUUCUUGAUCUUGUUUGCGCGGGUUUGGGGAAAAUCGAGGAUUCAGACGCUCAGAACAACGAAGAAGGUUAUGUUCCUUCAAUUGCGAUUGUGGGGCGUCCAAAUGUCGGUAAAAGUAGCAUACUGAAUGCUUUGGUCGGAGAAGACAGAACAAUUGUUAGUCCAGUUAGUGGGACCACACGAGAUGCUAUUGAUACUGAAUUUGAAGGACCUGAUGGCCAGAAAUUUCGUCUGAUUGAUACUGCUGGAAUCAGGAAACGGGCAGCUGUAGCUUCAUCAGGUAGCACAACAGAGGCUUUAUCCGUUAACCGAGCAUUCCGUGCAGUUCGACGUUCUGAUGUGGUGGCUCUUGUUAUCGAGGCCUUAGCCUGCAUCACAGAACAGGAUUACAAGAUUGCCGAAAGGAUAGAAAGAGAAGGCAAAGGUUGUCUAAUUGUUGUAAAUAAGUGGGAUACGAUACCGAAUAAAAACCAACAGACAACGUUGCAUUAUGAGGAUGAUGUGAGGACAAAGCUUCGUAUUCUUAACUGGGCACCUAUUGUUUAUUCAACCGCAAUAGCCGGUAACAGCGUUGAUAGAAUCAUUGUCGCUGCAAGUGAAGUUGAAAAGGAGAGAUCUAGAAGGCUUAGUACAGCCACACUGAAUCAAGUGGUUCAUGAGGCUUUAGCAUUUAAGUCGCCACCUAGGACACGAGGCGGGAAGAGAGGCCGCCUAUAUUACUGCACUCAGGCAGCUAUUAGGCCACCUACAUUUGUCUUCUUUGUGAAUGAUGCAAAACUUUUCCCUGAAACAUACCGACGUUACAUGGAGAAACAACUUAGAUCUGAUGCUGGAUUUUCGGGCACACCGAUUCGUUUAUUAUGGCGCAGUAGGAGGAAGUCAGAGAGAGAUGCAGGACAAUCUCCAGCAUCAAAACCGAAACCGAAUCUCACACAUAAGAAGUUGAGUGUUGCUACAUGAGCAAUCAAUCUUGUAAGAUCAGUUAUAAAGUUGGGUCAACCCGAGGGUGCUCGUGGGUGCAUGAGAGAGAAAACGCAAACUAUAGCGUUACUAAUUUGGCCCUUAGAUUGUAGUAAUUAGAUUUAAAUAUGCAAUAGGUUUGAAAGACAACACUUUUGUACUAUCAACAUUAAAUGUAUUGAAGUGUAAUGUUGUAUUCUUUUUUUUUGCUAAUACAUGUGUAAUACCGCUUUCUCGUUA